GAGCGUGCAGUAGCCUGUGGCGCGUCGGUGACGCGUUGUUGCGCGUCGCUCUCCGGCGGGGUAUCUGGAGGUCUUUGCCGGACGCGAAGCCGCAAAGUAGUUGUCAAAAUGGCGGCGUGCGAGGGAUCCGCGGGCGUGAAUCCCAAUUGCGAGGUGGUGCGCGGACAAACGUUCGAGGUCGGACCGCGCUACACGAAUCUGUCAUACAUGGGCGAGGGCGCCUACGGCAUGGUCGUGUCCGCCUACGAUAACGUAACCAAAACAAAAGUAGCUAUUAAAAAAAUUUCUCCGUUCGAGCAUCAAACGUAUAGCCAGAGAACUUUAAGGGAAAUAAAAAUUCUUACGAGGUUUAAGCAUGAAAAUAUAAUAGAUAUAAGGGAUAUAUUAAGGGCACCCACUAUAGAGCAAAUGAAAGACGUGUAUAUUGUUCAGUGUCUGAUGGAAACUGAUCUCUACAAAUUACUAAAGACACAAGCUAUUAGUAACGACCACAUAUGUUAUUUUCUAUACCAAAUAUUGCGUGGGCUGAAAUAUAUACACUCGGCGAACGUGUUACACAGAGACCUGAAGCCGAGCAAUCUGCUGUUGAAUACCACCUGUGACCUUAAGAUCUGCGACUUUGGUUUGGCGAGAGUCGCAGACCCAGAGCACAAUCAUGCGGGUUUCCUCACGGAGUAUGUGGCCACGAGGUGGUAUAGAGCUCCGGAAAUCAUGCUUAAUUCCAAGGGCUACACCAAGUCCAUAGACAUCUGGUCGGUCGGCUGCAUCCUGGCGGAGAUGCUCUCGAGACGAGCGAUAUUCCCUGGCAAGCAUUAUCUGGACCAGCUGAAUCACAUCCUCGGCGUUCUCGGAUCACCGUCGCCGGAGGAUCUCGAGUGCAUCAUAAAUGAGAAAGCACGCAAUUACCUUCAAUCUCUGCCGUACAAACCAAAGGUACCGUGGACGAGUCUGUUUCCCAAUGCCGAUCCGAGAGCGUUAGAUCUUCUGGACAAAAUGCUGACGUUUAAUCCCAAUAAACGUAUCGUGGUAGAAGACGCGUUGGCACAUCCCUACUUGGAGCAAUAUUACGACCCCGCCGAUGAGCCUGUAGCGGAAGAACCGUUUAAAUUUGACAUGGAGCUGGACGAUCUCCCAAAAGAAGUGUUGAAACAGUACAUUUUCGAAGAGACUUUACUGUUCCAAAAGAAUCAUCAAGAGAACGCUAUGUAGUCGAAACGCAGUUUCGUCGAAUCGCCGAUCGCCUGACUUGUCGAUAAUCGAACGCUGCUCUCUUCUUUCCUGUCAGGCGCAUCGUUUCCGGCAUCGCGAUAGCGGAUACGCGAUACGCGUGGUAAUUGAAAAAAAAAUUUUUUAAAAAGAAAGAAAAACGAGGAAAAAAAAGAACAACGGAAUAAAACAAGAUUGGCACAGAGAAAGCGUACUUUCAACGAUCGUACACCGCUUUUCACCGUCGCUGACUACUACCGAUGAAACAAGAGUAUUACGAGAAUAUUGACGAAAGCGAUUAGUUUAGCAGUCAAUCAACGAGCGAUUAACCGGCUAAUUAAUCGGGUGAGUGAAACAACCGCCGUGUCCGCGCGUACGCUUGUACAUUCGCGUGGUCCUCUGGACCGCGGAAGAAAGGAAAUAUAGUAUUUCUUACGUUGUAUCGAACACAUAGUAUAAUGUCAAUUGGUACAAUAUCUUUUUAUUUAUCAUCGUACAGUAUCGUACCGUCUGUCUGUGAUUUAAUUGUGAAUUGCGAGCGUGACGAGGCGUAACACGCGAAGUGUGUUCCGCCUUCACUCCAUCGCCCUCUCUUGAAUUCCGUUUAAAAGAGCCUCCCUUCGAAAGCAAGAUGAUUAUCAGGAGUGCGUUGCAUAGUUGUACGGUAAGCACGGUCUCGACACUUCAUCGAGAUGAUCAGAAGUAUCGCAGUUACAAACUCGAUAACGUAUAGUCUGCGCGAUUCGGAAUGCUUGACACAGCAUUCGCGUACUUCAUUUCGUAUGAUAUUUUCGUCUCGUGUGUACGUGUAGGUGUGUGUGCGUGCGUGCGUGCGCAUGCGCGCGUAUGUGGCAGAAUUCUUUUUGGUAUUUAAUCUGUCCGUGAUAGCCAGCCGUUAUAUAGAACGAAUACACGACGUGUAAUAAUCGGCGCAUCUACGAGAACAUUUAGAAUUAUUUAUGUUGGAAGGAAUCGUGAUUUUCAACGUAAAUGUGAUUUUUCUUCGGGCGUUAUAGUAACAACCGUGCCCGAGUAAUAAAACCGUGAAUAGAGAUAAUUCAGAUAAUACGUAGAAGGUUCCCAAGUUAUCUCAUUCAGAAAUUUUACGUAAUAUACGAACUUCGUUGAUCUUGGAGUCUUUUGGAGCCGACAAAUCGCGAUCGAAAAAUUUAACCAUGACACUUUGGCUACUGGCAAUUGGACUCGCUAGUCGCUUCCGGUAGCUCCACUUGGCUUCACCAAGCCCAUAAGGAAUAUUUCCUCAACGCUGUUUCGACUGAGUCUUAAGAUCAAGUGAAAUCUAAAAAAAGAGAAAAAAAAAGAAGUGUAAAGGAAAAAGAUAUUAAAGGAUGAGGAUGAAGAAUUUACUUCCUCUAUUAACUCUGUUACCGACAUCACGUUCUUCAAUGCAUCCAAUAAAUUAAUGAUUAAACAAAGAUUCGUUGUUCGUAAGAUUCUUAUCUAGAGCUAAGACGCAUUUCUAGUAAUUACGGAUUCUCGUUAAAGCUAAUGUAAAGCGUUCAAGCUCCGACAUUCUUCGCCUUCUUGCUGAGAGAGUAUGCGUGGAGAGCGCCGGGGGGGUUACGCUAAUAAUAUUUCUGUCGUUACCAUAACGUCAUGAUUUCAAUCUCUGUCGAUUCAAAUAUAUCUAUCUUCCUUCGCUGUUUAUCCAUCGCGCGCAUUCGGCUAGCGAAUUGUCGUGGACAAAGAGUCAAGGAAUCUCUCGCGGUUUACACUUUUCGCGCGCACUAUAUACAAGCCUUGAUCACAAUGCGCACAAAUUAUACGCAGCCGGAGAAUAGUCCGAUUCACGAAAUAUCUAAGCGUAACUUUUACCAAGGUAAAAUUACCAGUUCGUAAAGAUGACAAUCUUUCGUAGGCGGCAAAUACUGAAUUAGAUCACGUCUCACUAGAGACGUUUUCCGGAGAACGACAGAUCUGUGCGAACGUUCUUUGUUGUAUGUGGUAACUUGAAAAUGCGAUAAACGUAUACGUUCUUUCUCGCGAUCCACGGAUGGAUCACUGCCUUCUCGCCGUUAUACGUAUAUUCGACGUACGAAAAAACAACCUACUUUCGAUACACGUAUGUAUCAUGCGUAUGUUUUCACACGAUCUCUCGGUAAAAACAAAGAAAUUGAAACUAAAUUAAAUUCUAAUAAUUAAUCUCUUGUAAGAGUAGUCUCUCCAAAACUGUCAUAUACAUCUGACAUGUGGCUCUUGUGACUUCAUAUUAAUACACAAAAUUAAAUCAGACGUUACUGCAACGAAUGGAUAUUUGUCUCUUUAAAGAAUGCUCUCAUUUAAGAUCUUUUAAACAAUAUAUGUUCUCAUGGCACAGAUCGUGAGAUAGCGACGAUAAAGUCGUGCGCUCAGCGAAAUUGUAAGCCGACGAGAAAUUGAAGCUCUCGCUGUCAACGGUAAUUGGAUGCGUAUCGUACAUAUGUUGUUAUACAAAUGAAAUAAAAUUUGGAAGUGCUGAGAUUGCGUGGAAUAUCGCGCAUCUAAUAUAUCGAUGAUCAUCGAUAUUAUCAGGCCUAAUAUACUUUAAAAGUUACAUAUGUGUACUUGUUGUUGUUGCUGAUUCUUAUAUAUCCGAACAUUAACGGAAUAUUUCGUCUGUCGAUUUUCAAUGUUACAUCGACAAUUAUAUCAUUGGAAUGUAAGAAAAAAUAUAAAAAAAGACAGAAAGUGAGGAGGGGAGAGAGAGAGAAAGCAAAGUGGAGGAUUGCGCGACGUUUCUUCUCGAGAAAUAGAACGACAGUUGUUAGUCUUCGUAACAAGUCCUGGUUGAUUAAAUCAUUAGCGUUUUUACGUAGAAUAGGAUGAGGGCUUCGAGAGAGAUCGCAUGGUCACUUCUCAACAACGGACAAGAACGGCAAUCUUCACAAAUAAGCAUCAAAUGUAUGCGGAUUUACGCGGAAAGUCAUCGCUGAUGCAUUUCACAAUCACACCUACCGCUUUCAAAUAAUUCCUGACAUAAAUCUGUAAAACUUCAACACAAACAAUUUAGUUCGCGACUUCGCGAAAAGCAACUCGCGCUUCGAGAAAUUGAAUAAUGCUUUCAUCCUUAUGAAAUUUUCGGUUUUUUGUCAUGACAGUUUCGGUGUUUAUUCGCGUUAACGGCAAUCGUGAAAGAUAUCGUCUUGUCCGUUCAGUUGUGCUGCCGUGAACCAUUGAUAGUUUCGUGGCGGAAGUGGAAGUUACAUUCAUAGUGUUUAAAACAAUUAAAUACAUUUAAUACGAUGAUCAAAGAUGAAGUUUUAUUCAUAAUCUGCAAAGAUCAGGAUAUAAGUAUUCCAGAGCAUAUUGGAACAUUAUCAAAUUCGCAUGAACAAAUUCGAACAAAAACAAAUUCAUAUUUAAUCGACUUUCUUCUAGCCAUGAAUCUGCACAGCUGAAUUUAUUUGCAUCUUAGUGUGAAUUCGUGUCCAUGCAAAAAGAUAUUCGCCCUAUGUGGAUAAAAUCAAAGAACAACUUGUAAUUCAUUAUUUAUUAAUGGUAUAAAUACAGAGCAUAAUCAUAACAUUUACUAAACUCGUUUUGUUUAAAAAUAGUGGAAAUAAGAAGACAUUAAACGGAUCGUCUCGAGAUUUCCUAGGUACAUCAUUUUUAUUUGAGAAACUUGUUUAUUUUGAAAAUAAUCUCAAAGUUCAAAAUAUAACCGCGGACGGAAAAAUAUUUAAAAAAAUGAGAACCUAUGAAUGUAGCUGAGGAAACAUUUGAGAAAUAAAUGUACUUACUGUGUUCUUUA